AUGCCGGAGAGGCAUAGUGAUGACGCGGAGGUGGGGUUGCAUAACUCCCGUUCUCCGAUUCACAAGGAUAGUUACAUUGCUCGGGAGAAGCGCUCGGGGAAGGAGGAUUCGGAUCUCUUUGGUCCGGAUUUGUUGCAUGCAGUUUUUUCGAAAACAGUGGAGACGGGUUCUACCAGUUGUGAGGAAGUGGAUGAGGAAAACUUUGCUGAAAAUUUGGAGAAUGAUGUCCAUGUUUUCGAGGGUCCCGAGUCUAGGGUGGAUUCAGAUGUUUGUCCAAUGGAGCAUACUGUUGAUGAGAUUAGGUUGGAUUUGGCUAAAAAAACAGCGCAGUUGGAGGCAGCUAUUAAAGCUCAGCGUGUUAAGGAGGUUCUUCAGUCAAACAGAGACAGCGCUCUUAAACGGCCGCGUGGUAGGCCGCCUAAGCGACAGGGUACUCAAUCCGGGAACACGGACCCGCCGGCAGGAACAAUUAAAUCUAGGCUGCGUGGAACAGAGGAGGUGGAACGUAAUCAACAAUCUGAGGAUUUGAUUAACAAACGUAUGCAAGAGGCGAAAGAGUUGGGGCAUAACCCAAUGGGUUAUGUGAUUGAACAGCGGACGUCGAAGAGCGGCAAAGUUAUGAGCAACGUUGUUGACUUUACGGCUAACAACGUUUUCAUUGGUGAUUUCAAUGCUGUUAAGGGAGCUCAUGAACGGAUUAGCACCCGUCUCCCAAAUGCAGCCGCCUGCAGAGAGUUCAACGAUUUUAUUGCUGCUUCUGGGUUUGUGGAACCCCAGACUUCUGGUCUUCGAUUUACUUGGUCGGGCCGGAGGUUUAUGCCUUCUCAUGUUGAGUCAGUUCUUGACAGGACUAGUCGUCGUUUCUUCAAGUUCUUACAUAUGUGGACUAGUCAUCCGGAUUUUGAGAGUUUCGUUGAAAAAUCUUGGCGGAACAUGGUGGACACGCGAUGUCCGAUUUAUAGGGUUAUGUUUAAGCUUAAACGGCUGCGAAAAGAGCUGCAAAAUUGGAAUAGAUCUGUCUUUGGGAAUGUUGAUAUUUCAAUCGCUACUGCGCAGCAGGAGUUAUUGGAGAUUCAGGCUCAGAUUUCACAGGAAGGGUAUACGGAUGCGCUUUUUGAUGCUGAGGUUUUAGCUCAGGCGAAAAUUAAUGUGUCUUUAUCCAGAAAGAGUAGUCUGCUUCGUCAGAAAUGUAGAGUCAAGUGGCUGCAUGAUGGAGAUCGGAACAACUCAUUUUUUCACUCCCUGCUUCGUUACAAAAAGAGAUCUUAUAUGAUUGCCCAUCUUGAGAUUAAUAAUAAGAUGGUUUAUGAUCAGGAGGAGAUUGGUGGUCAUAUUGUUCAGUUGUUUACUAGUCUCUUUGCAGAAGAUCAAACAGCUGAGGUGGAUAUUGUGCAGAUUGAGGCUGUUAUUGAGCACACGGUUUCUUCGGCUCAGAAUGCCUUACUGUCUAGGAUUCCUGAUCAGGAGGAGAUUACUGCUGCGGUUUUUGACAUGGAUCCACACAGUGCUGCGGGUCCGGAUGGCUUUUGUGGUCGGUUCUAUCAUGCUUGCUGGAGUAUCAUUAAGCAGGAUAUCUGGGAGGCUGUUAGGAAUUUCUUUGUGGCUUCCUAUCUUCCGACAGGUUGCAACUCCAAUACUUUGAUUCUCAUUCCGAAGAAAGAGACGGUGAAUUCAGUUACUGAUCUGAGGCCUAUUGUGCUUUCGAAUUUCAUUUUCAAAAUCAUUUCGAAAGUUUUGGCUACGAGGCUGAGCGGUGUGGCGGCGGAGUUGGUCUCCAAGCAUCAGUUUGGUUUUGUUAGAGGUCGUUCCAUUCAUGACUGCAUUAUGCUUGGUUCUGAGGGGGUUAACUGCCUCAAGCGUUCUCAUGGGGGGAUUAACAUGGCUUGUAAGAUUGAUAUCAGAAAGGCUUUUGAUACCUUACGUUGGGAUUUUCUUCUUAAGGUUUUGCGAGUUGGAGGCUACUCUGAAACUUUCAUCAGAUGGAUUGAUAUUAUUCUUCGUUCUGCUAGACUUUCAAUUCUUUAUAACAACAAUCUUUGUGGUUAUUUUCAGUGUUCUAGAGGCGUCAGGCAGGGGGAUCCUUUGUCCCCAAUUUUAUUUGGAAUUGCUGAAGAUGUGCUCAGUGUCCUCUUCCAGAAUUGUGUUGAUUCUGGUAAUCUUGUUCCAAUGAAAAUUACCAGAGGUACUGCUUUCCCUACUCAUCUUCUUUAUGCAGAUGAUAUUUUGGUGUUUGGUCGUGCAACGACUGCGAAUGCUCGAAAGAUCACUCAUAUUUUUGAGUUUUAUGGCUCUCUUUCCGGCCAGAUCUGUUCUAUGGAGAAAUCUCACGUUUAUUUUGGGGACAAGACUCCUAACAGGUUGAAACGUCAUAUCAUUAAUAUUUUGAAGUUCAGGAAGGGAUCUCUGCCGUUCAAUUAUCUAGGCGUGCCUAUUUUCUCUGGGCGGGUCAAAGCCUCUUUCUUGCGUGCAAUUCAUGAUCGGAUUAUUCUCAAGUUUGCUAGAUGGAAGGGCAUGCAGCUUUCUAUGGCUGGUAGAAUUUGUUUGGUGAAGUCUGUGAUUCAGAGUUCUAUUACGCACUCUAUGAUGGUGUAUCGCUGGCCGAGAAGUCUCAUUAAGGAACUGGAUUUGAAGUGUCGGAAUUUUAUCUGGACUGGCGAUGUCUCCAAGAGACCCAGCUGCCCGGUUCGUUGGGCGAGGGUGUGUGCUAUUAAGGAGGAGGGUGGUCUUGGAAUUCGUUCAUUUGAUAUCAUGAACAAGAGCUACUUGAUGAAGAUGGCGUGGAACAUUAUUGGUGGGCAUUGCUUCAGUCAUCAGAUUAUGCGCAGUAGAUAUUUGACGCCGCUUUGCCGUCCUACCAAGGCGGCGGCGUCUUCGAUCUGGUUGGGCUUGAGGCCGAAAAUCACUGAGUUAGUUGAUGACGCUUAUUGUUAUGUGGGUGAAGGAACUUCGAUCAAUUUUUGGAUUGAUGAUUGGCUUGGUUACUCUCUUGUGAAGCGCUGUGGUGUCCCGGAUUUUCUUUUGCAGACGCUGACUUGCUCAGUGGCGGAUUAUUUUUAUGAAGGGAUUUGGCAUUUCACUCAAAACUUUAUAAAUGUCUUCCCAGAAAUCGUUUGUGAUAUCCUGCUUCUUCCUGUCGGGGAGGGUUCGGAUGAUAGGUUUUGGAAGAGUUCUGUGCAUGGUACGGUCUCUGCUGCCGCAGCUUUCUCAAAACGCUGUCAUGGGUUUCCUUAUGUUAAGUGGGGUUCUUGGAUUUGGGAAAAUUUCAUCCCGGUUCGACGUUCGUUGCUUUGUUGGAGGCUGAUUCAUAACCGUUUACCUACUUUUGAUUGCCUCAUUAAGCAAGGACUGAUUAUGCCUAAUUUUUGCUGUUUUUGCUAUAGGAGUGGGGAGUCUAUCGAUCAUCUUUUCUGGCAAUGCAGCGAGCUUAGACAUGUUUGGGAGGAGUUCCUAAACUGGUUUAAUUUUAAUGGUGAGCAUGUUGAUAUCCAUGGUUUCUUAGUUACUGCAUGGAAUCAUAAGCCUAGCUCUCAAGUUCUGACGUACUGGAAGGCUGGUAUUAUUUAUCUUCUUUGGGCUAUUUGGCAUCAAAGAAACGAGUGUGUGUUCAAAGGGAAGGUUUUUAGCAGGCAGCGUUUGCUACAACACAUUAGGAUUACUUUUAAAGAAGUUGAAGCUAACUUCAGCAAGUUGGGUUGUAUGAAUAACAGUUGGUCGGAUUAUUUGAUUAUUAGGAGGAUUGGGGUGGCGUCUAAAGCCUCGCUGCCUCCUAUUUUUGUGAAUGUGCAUUGGUGGCCUCCGAUUCUACAGUGGAUUAAGGUCAACACUGAUGGCUCUGCUUUGGGAGCUCCGGGGAAGAUCGUUGCUGGCGGAGUUUUUCGGGAUAAUCAUGGUUGUGUCCGUGGGUGUUUUCAUCAAGAUGGUGGCAAAGGGUUUGCCUUUGAAGCGGAGCUUCUUGCGGUCAUUCUCGCGAUUCAAAUUGCGCAUGAGCGGAACUGGCGGUUUUUAUGGGUGGAAUCAGAUUCUACUUAUAUUGUGAAUCUUUUUGGAAGGCGGGAUUAUUUGGUUCCGUGGCGCUUCGUGGCUGCUUGGAAGAAGACCUUGGGUUUGCUUAGAGAUUUCAACUUGCAGGUUACUCAUAUUUACAGGGAGGGCAAUAAGCCGGCGGAUAUUAUGGCAAGCGAGGGGGUGCCAAAUGGUUGGUGGCUCCAUGCGAUUGAGGCUAUCAAGACGGCGGUUGGUCUUGACAUGGCUUUUCACAGCCACAUGCCCGGUGGUGGGAUCUGGGUUUGGAGAUUGAGGGUGGUGGUUGUUAAUGUUUUCAGAUUUGAGGGUGGUGGUUGUUGGCGACGGUGGUGUUGGUUGUUUUCAGAUUUGAGGGUGCUGCUCUUGAAUCUGAGGGUGGUCGGUGGUGGUGGUGGUGCUCCGAUCGCCGUCGCCGGAGGCGGCGAGUUGCUGGCUGGGGGCAAGACUCCAAAGGGAGAGGCCAAGGUAACCUGUUGGAGAGAGGUGGUCCAUCCAACUCCAACAAGCGGGGACGUACGUCCUAAUGCUAAAAACAAAGACAAGGGAAAAACACCAGCCCACAAAUUUGAUGGUGAUUACUACAAUUAUGGCAAAUCGGGCCACUUGGCGAAGGACUGCCACAAGCCAAAGAAGAAGAAGGCGAAGCAAGGUGCCAAUGUCGUCGAGAAGGACAUCCACGAUUGGGGCAAAGUUGACUUGGCGACAGUUAUCAUUAAGGAGGUCAACCUUGUUGAAAACCAAAGUGCUUACUUCGUCAACAUAGACGCAACUAUGCACAUGUGCUCUGAUAAAAGACGCUUCUCCAUACACAAGCCUGUUGAGGAGAGAAAGCUAAGCAUGGGCAAUCAAGUGCGUCAAAGGUUAUCGAAGUUAGUGAUGUGGUGCUAA